AUGCAUCAAAGUAAGCUUUGGAACACCCCAAAACAUGUACGCACUCCUCCAAAAGAGCAUCCCUUCCAAGAUGGCAUAGAAGCACAUCCUGCCUAACACCUGCCGCAUAAGACACUGUCAGGCUGUUGCACCCAUGUAAAUAGUCACCCAAAUAGGUGAAGCUGAAUAAGGAAUUGGGGCCUCUGUGCUCCAAACUAAGCUUUGCCCCCAACCACAAAUUGUACCCCCACACCUCCAGGUUAGUGUUCUCUCUGUGGUGGCAUAGAAUUGCUUGUGGCUUGCAAUUCCUUUUCACACUGGACACAACUCUCUUUUUGCUUUUACAAAUGACCCACGAUGCAUAAGGGUUUUGUAUUGGUUUUUCGGUUGUUGUUUUUUUAAAAAAAAGAUAAAACGCUCAAAAUCCCAAAAUACAGUGGUACCUCGGGUUACAUACGCUUCAGGUUACAGACUCCGCUAACCCAGAAAUAGUACCUCGGGUUAAGAACUUUGCUUCAGGAUGAGAACAGAAAUUGUGCAGUGGCGGCGCAGUGGCAGCGGGAGGCCCCAUUAGCUAAAGUGGUGCUUCAGGUUAAGAACAGUUUCAGGUUAAGAAUGGACCUCCAGAACGAAUUAAGUUCUUAACCCGAGGUACCACUGUACAAAACUUCCCGACACGUGCGAAGCUCUGUUUCAACAUCAGCCUGUCUCCUUCUUUCCCAUGGCUUUAUCACGCUCCGAUGUCUGAAACUUGAUUUAGAAACUAGUGACAGGAAAAGGUCCGUUUGCAAAUGCAGGAAUUUCACAGAGUCCGUUCCCAACGAACACACAGAUGGUUCUGUCUCUCUACCUCUCUCUGCACCUUCCUUCUUUCCACCACGCUGCCCCACUUCCUGAAUUAGCGUAUCUUCUCCCGCUGUGUGGGGUUUAAGGGUUUUCUGGGUCCUUUUGGCGUCAAAAGCCCUAGGAGGCUUGCCCCUGUGGGCGCUCGUUUGUUGGUCACAUUUGCCGUGUCCUUUUGGCUGCAUUCUGCUUCCCAAGGGAUUAGUGUGCGCUUUGCGGCAUUAGUGAUCCAUUUAGGUUUUAGGAAAAGGGGAUUUGGCCAUUCAGCAUUUGGCUAUUAUUAUGCUUAAAUGUUUAACCACUGGUGUCCAGAAGAGGUGGGGUGGCAUGUCAACACCAGCAGAGUAGCGAGAAGGAGUUGGGUGGCGGAAAAAAGGAGUGCCUUGGAUGAGGCUCAAUUCACUUAUCUCUAAUUUAAUCUGAGGAGAGGUUAAGAGGAGGUCUCCUGGAUUAUAAAGGAGGACAAAUCUGGGGCUUUGGGGAAGGGAUGUAGUUCAGAGGUAGGUGGUCUGCUUUUCAAGACCUUCUACCACAGCUGGUUCAAUCCCCAACAUCUCCAGGUAGACAAUAUUGAGGUAGUCAGGGUUUCCCAAACUUGGGUCUCCAGCUGUUUUUGGACUACAACUCCCAUCAUCCCUAGCUAGCAGGUCAGGGAUGAUGGGAAAUGUAGUUGGAAAAGAGCUGGAGACCCAAGUUUGGGAAACACUGAGCUAGAUUGAUCAAUAGUUUGACUCAGUUUAAAGUAGCUUACCUAUGCUCCUCUGUCUUAAUAUUUUAAGGCUACCCUCAGACAGAGGUAUUGCAAUGAUCACUUGAGAGGAGGGAGAAAUUAAAUUCUGUUUGUAUUUGUAGGCAAACCUACCUAAUUCACUGAUAUUAUACACAAACCACAAGCAUAGCCUUCUUCCAAAUUCACUCUUAUGAAAUGCAGUUGUCCAGCCAAGUAACGUGUAUAAAAAUACAUAUACUAUGGUAAAGUGUGCAUAUGUUAGUGAAAGUAACAUGUAAAAGUGCAUUAUAUUAGGGGACAUUGCUUUGCAAAAAGAAGAAGAAGAAGAAGAAGUCUAUAUCAGGCAAAAAUGCAUAGAGAUAUGUGUACAUUGGGAUAAAUUUGUCGGAAAAGGCUGAAGAAUUUUCAUGACUUUCCCCCUCUGAAAACUGAUGUGGAGAGAGAGAGAGAGAGAUUAACUCACAAUUCUGCAUUCCAUCUUUCAGUGCAUCCCGCAGGAAAACAAGGGUUUCGUUCUUGGAAAAUACCUUUGUCAGUGCAAACCAGGUUUCUACAGGGCAAGUAGAACUUUCUCAUCAUCUAACAAUGGUAGGUAGCAGCACUUAUAUGGCUUUUCGUGAACGCUUUUUCUUGCAAAACUCUGAAUUGUGUUUGGAAAUGUACUAGGAGCCAAUGUAUGUCUUUCAGGACCGGUGUUGUAUGGUCUUGGCGGCCACUCCCAGUCACCAGUCUGGCUGCCGCAUUCCUCUCUUCUCCCAGAGUCUUACGCUGAGAGAUCUCCCUUUUCCUGUCUUUCACACAGGCUCCUUCAAACUGUACAUCCCCUUCAUCUGCAUGCAAUUCUUACCCAAAUACAGUAAGAUAAAAUAAUAAUAGACCUGAUAACAGAAUGCAGAGAGAGAGAGAAAGAUAAGAAUGAGAACAGAGUAGGAAGAGAAAGAUAGAUAGAUAAAGGUGACUGCCAACUAUCCAUUCGUCAGUUGUGCCAGCAAGUAUUCCUCAUAAUCGUCCAAUGUUCAAUCCAAGGUGAUAUCCAUUUAUUCCUCGCCCUGCUGAUGUUUUCUCAAUGUUCAGUCCAGGCAUCAGAUACUCAUUACUUUUCCUUCCCGUCCAGGAAGGACGAGAGAUUCUCUGCCACUGUUUUCCAUCCUUAUCUCCUAGACAGACUUUUUUCCCAUUUUCUAGAUUACCAAUCUCUCUCCCCCCACACCCAAGUAUUAAAGGAGGCAUGGUUGCUUUUUCUCCUGGGAGCCUUCCAAACCACUAUUUUUUACCACGCUUCCUUUCGUAAUUCAUUCUCCCUGCCUGCAGGAGAAAGUGCUUCCCGGUAUGGAGCGACGGAUUCUGAGAGCUUGCUGGAGUGCCUCCCGUGCCGCGAAGGAUGUACGACCUGCACGGAUGGCACCCCUUGCCUGAUCCAGGAAGAUUGGUCCUUGCGGGCUGCCGUCUUGGCAUUCCAGGCCUUCUGCAUGCUGGCUGUUUUCUUCAGCAUGCUGGUCUCCUACCACUUCCGGAAGAGCAAGGUAAGGGUAGGGAUGGCCAGUGGGAAGAACUAGCUGGAUUUGCACUUAAAGAGGCCCCAGACAGGAAUAGGAGAGGGGCCAAAGCAUUAGCUGUGUCUGGUUUACUUUGCCAUAAAAUAAUAAUAAUAAUAAUAAUAAUAAUAAUAAUACAGUGGUACCUCUGGUUACAAACUUAAUUUGUUCUGGAGGUCCGUUCUUAACCUGAAACCAUUCUUAAGCUGAGGUACCACUUUAGCUAAUGGGGCCUCCCGCUGCCGCCGUGCAAUUUCUGUUCUCAUCCUGAGGUAAAGUUCUCAACCUGAAGUACUACUUCCGGGUUAGCGGAGUCUGUAACGCAAAGUGUUUGUAACCCGAGGUAUUUGUAACCCGAGGUACCACUGUAAUAAUAAUAAUAAUACUUUAUAUGCCACCCAUCUGACUGGGUUGCCCCCGUAUCAGAGACCAGGCUGAGGAUUACAGCUCUGAUGAGGAAUGGUGGGACCCUCCCCCUCAUCCUACUCCUGACCAGGAUCCUGAAGCUGCCCAGGAACAAUGGAGCAGUAUAGAUUUAGAGACUUGGUUUGCCGAGGGACAUAGUUUGGAAAGCAACAGCUGGGCAGAGCUGAGUGGGGAACAGCUAGGAGAAGCAGAACAGGAAGAGAGAGAGGUAACUGACUCCCCUUCACUGAGAAGUAUCCAGCCUCUCUCUCCAAGGGCAAGGAGAGCUGAUAAGGUUGCUACGCAGAAGGCUCAAUGGUCACGAGAGCAGGUUGCAAGAAGGGGGAAGUGAUGGAGACGGGGGGGAGUAGGAGGGAAGCUUAAAUGGGAGCACCUUCACUCCGAGAAUGGAUGCUUUGUUCUUUUGCUGUGAUCAGCAAAAGGGGCUCUUUUCGCUUUGUCCUGCUUUUAUCAACAGCUGAAGGGGGUGGGGAGCCAAGCCCCUGGAGCCUGACACCCGGCCAAUUUGGAUGGCUUUCCAACAAACUAAACACAGUAAGACAUCAAACAAUAAAAACUUCCCUAUAAAGGGCUGUCUUCAGAUGUCUUCUAAAAGUCAGAUAGUUGCUUAUUUCCUUGAUAUCCGAUGGGAGGGCACUCCACAGGGCGGGUGUCACCACCAAAAAGACCCUCUGCUUUUCCUCACCAUCGUUAUCCUGCUCAGCAUCGUUCCCUAACUUGAACAUUUGUGCCGUCUCCAAAGCCACCAUCCUUGGUUGCCUUGGGUUGCUCCUCCUUUUACGUUCAUCUCUCUUCCCCUAGAGGAUUCGAGCUUCAGGAGUCAUUCUUCUGGAGAUGAUACUCUUCGGCUCGCUCCUGCUCUACUUUCCUGUGAGUGUCUGGGUUCGGAUACUUAAUGGGUUGAGUUUAGGGUGGCUAGGGUGGUGCAGUUGUUAUGAGUACUGGACUAGGCGAUAGGGGAAACCAGGGUUUAAAUCCCAACUCGCCCAUAAAGCUGACGGGGAGACCUUGGGCCGGUCACUCUGUCCCAGCCUCAUAUUCGUAUAAACAAAAUAAAUAAAUAAAUAAACUGCUCUCCACAAAAGGAAAUGCAUCAUUGGAAACAGAGGACACAUCUUUGCAUAACAUUUGCACAUACUUGUGUAUGUUGCAUGGUCCUACCUUGUGGACAUGCUUCUGGGACGGGCCCCGCAUGCAGUCCUCCACCUCGUCCGCUGAAGAAGGGGAAUCUGACGAGGCAGGUGAAGAGCUUUGCAGGGCCCUGAAACCCUACCCACUGACCAUUGGAAAUUCUCCCACCUCUUGCGAUUUCCCUGGGUAUCGCCUGCAUGUGUUCAGACUGGGUUUUCUCAGUCUUGAGGACUAGAAAUUUGCUGGCGUUUUCUCAACAAACCUGGGUUUCUCAAGCCAUGGAGUUCUAUGUCCCCCAAGCUGAUUUCUGCACUUCAUGGAAUAUAUGCGUCCCCCGUCCCUUGGUGGCUAUUUAGCCAUGAAAAGCACAGCCUGCAAGUUGAGAAGUUUUAUAUUAACGCACAGAAACGGAUUCUGGGAGCUAACAGCAAAGGAUGGAGACUGUGAAAGCCCUCGGGGUAUGUAACUAGCCAAUACCAAAGAGAGCAAGCUGAGUCUGAGAGAGACUGAGCAUGCCACCCUUAUUUUCAAAGCUGGGGAGUGUAUUCUUUGUCACUCUUGACCUGGUCCUCCUAACAGGUGAGGCCAGGGAACAAUUUCCUCCACUGUUGCCCCUCUCUCCCCGAAGGGCCUCUUCCUGACCCAGUGGGGCCAGUUGUCAUGUUCUUAAUAUUGGGUUUCUGGUGUUUUUUUUAACAUGAUUUUUAUUAAGUUUUCCAUGUUUCAUUACAUUUCCAUAUCAAAAAUAAAAAAUCCAUAACUUAAGACAUUGCUUAAAUAAAGCAUCAACCUCCUUCCCUCCCUCUAACUGACUUCCACACAACUUUACCAAUUUCUUCACAUUUCUGUAUCCACUUUUUUACCUUAUGUCCAUCUUUUAGCAUUCACCUUCUUAUAUGUAAAUCAGCUUCCUACAUUGGAAGAUUGGCAGAUAAAGAUGGUUGAAUACAUGGAGUUGGCAAAGCUGACGGGGAAGAUCCGGAAUCGGCGUGAUGAACUGUUUCAAAAGGACUGGAGCAAAUUUAUACUCUAUAUGAAAGAAAAUUGCAAACAGUUGAAAACGUUUGUAGGUUUGAGUUGAAAUGUUGGGUAAUGGGAAAAUAAGGGUUUCUGAUUUUUCUGGAGACAGACAUGCUGGGAGAGAUCACCCAGGUAAAUUUUGGCCCACCAGGAGAGCGAACCAAAUGAUCCAGUUCAAUUCUUGCAACUCUCGCAAGAGAGACAGAACGUGCGACUCUUAACCUCAGGGUGACAGGUUCGAUUCCCACAUUGGGCAAAAAGAUUCCUGCAUUGCAGGGGGGGUUGGACUAGAUGACGCUUGUGGUCCCUUCCAACUCUACAAUUCUAUGUUUCCACGAAUUUCUGGCUAGAGGAGCCCUAUGCAAAAAGCCAGUAUCCUUUCGAAUGUAUGCAUGUGGACCAGUGUUGCUUUGUUAAAAGGGUCCUCCUGAUGUAUAUGCCAUCCCUGGAAUCUCCUUUUAUACAGGUGUUUAUCCUCUACUUCAAACCGAGCGUCUUCCGCUGCAUUGUUCUGCGCUGGGUGCGCAUGCUGGGUUUUGCCAUUGUCUAUGGAACCAUCACCCUCAAACUGUACAGGUAGGAUUACCUCGAGGGACGCUGGCCACGACUGGUGUUGUGCCUUUGUUUUCCAAAAGAGGGGGUUGCUUUGCAAUAUUCACUCUGAUCCCCAGGGGCUUAAGAAAACAAAGGACCAUAAAAAAUUAGCAUUUGGGGCCCAGACCCUUUUAGCCCAGCAUAUUGACUCUAGUCAGAGACAUCUGAGUAAUUCAUAUAGCUACACAGUGGGUCUUUCUUGGCCUUUAUACCACCUCGGCUUCCCCCAAAAGAAUUCUGGGAAUUGUGAUUUGGCAAGAGUGCUGCAAAUUCUGGUAUGGCCCUGGCCUCCACAUAGAACAGCAAUUUCCAAAGUUCCCUGGGAAUUACUAUUAAACUAGGGUAAGGGUGCAUAUAGGUAUAAAAGUGAAUCAGGGCAAAUUGCAUUAUUUGCUCCUCGUGGCUUGAGCCCGACUUUAUCCUGCCUUUGCAACCCAUUUGAUGAAUAUUAUAUAUGGGCCAACAAACUGAUUGUGGAUUUGGUGGUCAACUUUGCCCUCUCUCCUCAUAUGGGUUACCCAUCUUUAUUUUUAUGCCCAAAAAUGUACAUUUACUCAGUUAAACAGGUACUCAUCUCCACCUGCUCCUUUUUUUUAAAAAGUGGGUUUUUCUUUUCUUUUUUUAAAAAAGGGAAACUUUUUAAAAAGCAGCCUCAGGAAGGAGAGAGGAAACCAAUCGAUUCCCAGCCUAUCAGUGCUGUAUUUAACUAGCUUUUGCAACAAACAGGAAGGGUAAGCUCAUCCCAGAAGAAGAUUGCAUGUCUAACCAAAAGCCAGCAAGUCUGCUUCUGAAGCAAACUCACCAUUAAAAAGUAUAUACAACUGGAUGCAAUCUAUGGGUUGUAUGCAGUGGCAGCCAUACUCAGAGUAGUUCCACUGAAAGCAUUAGAUGGGGAGGAAAUGCCCUGGAAAGUGUGGGAUGACAUCUGCUUUGAUGCAGCAGCGUCUAACCUCCCUGCAAACAAACUGGAACAAAUGCCCAUCAAAUAACCAAUGUUGUCUGAUUUCCCUGUAAAUCGGGAUGAUUCACUCAAUAAGCAGAUUUGCCUGGAAGCACCCAGUGAUCAAUGUCGAAGGUGGUUUGGUUCCAACAUCGGUCGGCUACGACCACUUCUUCCUUGAGCAACACCCUUUGUGUAUAUAUAUAUCAUCGUCACCUUCCUCUUCCUCAGACCACUUCUCCCUUUCUACCCAACAGGGUCUUGAAGGUCUUUCUCUCCCGUACAGCCCAGCGAGUUCCUUACAUGUCCAGCGGCCGGGUGCUGAAGAUGCUGGCCUUGAUUCUGCUCUUGGUGCUUUGGUUCUUAGCAGCCUGGACUGUUGGGAUGCUGGAGAACAUAGAAAAGAACAUCCCACUGGUGGUCCGUUCCCAGACCACCAGGGGCCUCCAGUUUUACAUCUGUGACCACGACCGCUGGGACUACAUGAUGGUUGUGGGUGAGGACCCCUAAUCCGAUGGCCUGAAUUAAUUAGCCUCUGGCUUCUCUGCCACUUGCAGGCUCCCCUUGGUCCGGUCCCGCUCUCUUCGGGGAGUCCCAUAAGGUCUGCCAGGGUUCACUUCCUCCUGUGACAGUAGACCAAAACCAGGAAGCAAGCUGUCGCGAUCAUGAACUUUUGGCUUGCUUCUGCCAAGUCCCCUUCAGCAUCAACAGCCUGGAAUCAUACAUAACCUGUAGACUGAGCAGCUUUCCAGCCAUUAUGGGGGUGGGGGUGGUUUCAUCUUAGGAGACUCUUUUCUUCACCCAGUAAAGGCAUGCUGUCUCUAAUGGGACAUGGGUGGCGCUGUGGCCUAAACCACCGAGCCUCUUGGGCUUGCUGAUCAGAAGGUCAGCGGUUUGAAUCCCCACGACGGGGUGAGCUCCUGUUGCUUUGUCCCAGCUCCUACCAACCUAGCAGUUCGAAAGCACGCCAGUGCAAGUAGAUAAAUAGGUAUUGCUGUGGCGGGAAGGUAAACAGCAUUUCCGUGCACUCUGGUUUCUGUCAUGGUAUUCCAUUGUGCCAGAAGCGGUUUAGUCAUGCUGGCCAAAUGACCCAGAUAGCUGUCUGUAGACAAACGCCGGCUCCCUCAGCCUGAAAGCGAGAUGAGCGCUGCAACCCCAUAGUCACCUUUGACUGGACUUAACCGUCCAGGGGUCCUUUGCCUUUAUAUUUUUUUGCUGUCUCUCUAGCUAGGUUGGCAUCCGUCCCUCAAUGGAUUUUAACGUCAGUGAUCAAUUGCACAUGUAUGUGACGUGUCUUUGUGGAUCAAUUGUGAAAGACAGGGCAUUUAUAUCGGCUGACAUCACUUUAAAAAGAUCUCUCUUCCUCACCCCACCCUCAAUGCUGUCUCUAUUGCCCCAUAUUUAGUUUCUCCUCUCCGUGAUCCUAACCCCACUCUUUCCCUGCCCCAGAUCCCAUUUCCGUCUCAUUCCAACCCAGUCCCUGCCCCUUCCAGUUCUCACUACCAGCCCCACACCAUCAGCUUCCCCCCCAAAAAACUGUCACCCCCCACAACCUCCCAAUAAAUCACACAUGCACAAUAGAUGGAAUCAAUUUCACGUUCUGUUGUCCAGCUGAGCGGAUGUGCAGCAGGGCUAGGGAAUGCAAUGCGCUCCAGAUACAGUCGUACUACAACUCCCAUCAGCCCCUGUCAGCAUGGUCUGUGCCCAGUGAUGAUGGGAGUUGUAGUCCAACAGCAACUGGAGAGCCACCUCCGAUGCGCAGGCAUGUGUGGGGUCACAGACGGUGAGGAAACCGCAGAACCGACCCAUCCUUAAUUUGAGUGGGGCUUGCCCAGGUUGCAUUUUAAGAGGCUGCUGAAAGGCUCUGGCGCCUGAAUCGCUUAUACGCCACAUGGUGCACCUUGGGAGUCAGGUACCUCUGGGCAUGCACAAAGUGCUCACUGCAGAACAAUGAGUAACCGCUGUCUGCAGACGGGGGAAAUAACCACAGGGGCGAGACGGGGUAGGAGGGACAGAAGAGGCAAGUGGCAAAGACCUUACCGCAUGGAGAAUGGUUCAUUUUGCCUCCUCUUCCCUAUCUCUCGCUGCGCAGCCGAGAUGCUCUUCCUGUUCUGGGGAAGUUUUCUCUGCUAUGCCACUCGGACAGUCCCUUCUGCUUUCCACGAGCCUCGCUACAUGGGCAUCGCUCUCCACAACGAACUGAUAACUUCUGCUGCCUUUCACGUGGUCAGGUGAGAAUCACAGAACUGGAAGGGAUGCUGAGCAGAUCCACGUCAUAAAUUUAAAGCACAUGGGCUUGCCCUCCAAAUAAUUGUGGGAACUGUAGUUCUCCCCCCCCCCCAGAGCUACAGUUCCCUUAGCAAAUUAGAGUUCCCAGGAUUCUUCGCAGCGGAGGGUUUGCAUGUACUUUGAAUGGGCACUGAACACACUUUAAAUGCAUGGUGUAGAAAAUCAUCUGCUGCAACCCCCACUGCCUUGCUCAGGCGGGAUCUGCAAUGCAGGGUGCAAACCCAGAUAAAGUGGGCUGUUUAGACCCUACUGCAGCACCUCCAGUGACAGAGACCCUACCAGUUCCUGAAGCACCUGAUUUCUAUGGUCAAACUGUUAGGAACUUUCUCAAGUUUUUCCCAAAUCUGCUUCCCUGCAGUAUCUGCCCUCACUGGUUGUGCAAAUUGCCAUAGUAGUGGGACCCAGAGGAGUUCUGCUUUGGGCUUGGCAUAGUGUAGGUGCUUUGAGCAUGAGCUGAGAGCCGGGAAGUCCCAGGGUCAAAGCUUGCCUCUGCCAAGAAAUCAGAAGGUGGCCAUGGGCAAGGCAAUCUCCUCUUAGCCCCAGCACACAACAUCUGCAAUUAGACUGAUAGUAACCCCAAUGCCUCAAGGAUGGUCUCUCCCCAUGUGAACCAACCCAGACCCUAUGGUCGUCAUCAGGAGACGUUCUCCCUGUGCACCUUCUGUGGCAGUGCUGGAGGAGGGUGGCAACACAGGAACGGGGCCUUUUCCUUGGUGGCUCUCCACUCAGGGAAUGCUUUCCCCUAGGGCACUUCCUAUGGCGCCAUCUUUAUCCUUCUUUUGGUGCCAGGCAAAAAAACUUUCCCUUUUAUCUGGGCUUUUAGCCCUUAAUUUGAAAGGUUUCGAGUACUGUACUCAUGGCCUCUUUUAGUGCGGCAGGAUCUAGACCUGCCUGAUUUGCAGAAAAAGGGGUGGGUGUGUGUGUGUGUUUAAAAAAAGGUUUCUCUUGGUUGUGCUUGUUGUAACUGGCUAAAGUGUCUAUAUUGUGCUUGAGUCACUUUUGUGAUGAAAGCAGCUUGAUGACGACAGCCUACCUUUCAGGAUUGUGGCAAGUACUACGGAAGAUACAGUCGUACCUUGGAAGUCAAACGGAAUCCGUUCCAGAAGUCCGUUCAACUUCCAAAACGUUCGGAAACCAAAGCACGGCUUCCGAUUGGCUGCAGGAAGCUAUUGCAGCCAAUCAGAAGCCACGGAUGUCCCGUCAGACGUUCGGAUUCCAAAAACGUUCGCAAACCGUAACAAUUCACUUCCGGGUUUGCGGCGUUCAGGAGCCAAAACGUUCGACUUGCAAGGCGUUUGGGAUCCAAGGUACAACUGCAAUACAUGCAAAGUGCUGAGCGAAAGUAGAAAGCGCUAAAAGAUUGCCAAGGCUGCCACUAAUUUCGGCAGAAGAGGAUUCCAAAAUUCAACUCAACACUGCUCUGUGUGUGCGUGUGUGUUAUAAAUGAGCCUGCCAUCGUUCUAACAAAGAAUGUAUCACAGUUUAAUUUUGCUAUCCACCUUUUCCCUCUAAUGCACUGCCACCCCAUUUACUUCUGGCUUCAGGUUUUUCAUGGUUCCUUCCUUGCACCCCGACUGGACACUUCUGCUGUUUUUUAUUCAUACGCAUGUCACCACCACCAUGACGCUUGCACUUCUUUUCAUCCCAAAGGUAUGAAAACUCCAGAAUUCGUUACAAAACUGUGCAGAGGCAGGAUACCUCUGAAUACUAGCUGUUGGGGACAGACAAGGAUGAGUAAGAACAUAAGAAGAGCCCUGCAGGAUCAGGCCCAUGCUCCAUCUAAGUCCAGCAUCCGCUUCUCACAAUGGCCACCAAACAGCCAUGAACUUCCUGCCCCACAUGUGAACCUAUGCAGCUGGCUGAUUAAGGAAACAGAACAUUACAUUAGAAGGGGCACGAUAAAAGUUUAUUGUACUGAAAACAUAAUUGUAGCGUCGGAAGGGACCCUUAGGAUCAUCUAGCCCAGGCAGAGGCAAACUCGGCCCUCCAGAUGUUUUGGGACUACAACUCCCAUCAUCCCUAGCUAACAGGACCAAUGGUCAGGAAUGAUGGGAGUUGGUAGUCCCAAAACGUCUGGAGGGCCGAGUUUGCCUCUGCCUGGGCUAGCCCAAAUGCAGGAAUAUACAGUUGUCCCAAACAGGGACCGAACCUGCAACCUUGGCAUGCCCUGCGGAGGACCUUAAGGUCCACAAAUGACAACACCUUGGAGGUCCCAAGGCGCAAGGUGGUUAGAUUGGUCUCAACUAGGGCCAGGGUCUUUUCGGUACUGGCCCCAACUUGGUGGAACGCUAUGUCACAAGAGACUAGGGCCCUGCGGGACUUGACAUCUUUCCGCAGGGCCUGCAAGACAGAGCUGUUCCGCCUGGCCUUUGGUUUGGACUCAGUCUGACCCUUAUGUCUUCCCUCCCCUUACGGUUUUGAUUUAUGGGCUACUUUUAAAAUAAGGCUGCUUUUUAAAUUGCAUUUUAACCUGUAUUUUAAAUUGGGGUUUUUUUUGUCCCCCCCCCCCCUUAUGUUUCCAUUGUAAUUUUACUGGUGUUAGACACCCUGAGCCUGGCUUUGGCAGGGUAUAAAUAAAAUUAUUUAUUAUUAUUAUUAUUAUUAUUAUUAUUAUUAUUAACACCACACUCUUAAGACGACUGAGCUAUCCAAGCAUACCAUGCUGUUUUGACUUGUUUUGCAGGGCCCGCAGAGAACGCCUGUUAUGAGGCAGCUCUGUAAACAUAGUUAGUAAAUGAGCUGGGGGCAGGAGCAUAGUGCAAAUGCAGCCUUAAGAUGCAGAUGGCCCUAAGUCUAGAAAGAGAGGCAUUUUUUCUGUAAUCAGUCUCUGAGCUUUUUGGGAAGGGGCAAGCUUGAAAUGGGAAGAUUGGCAGUGUACUGCUGAAGGAGAUUCAGCAACCCAUGUCUUUCUCCCCACAGUUCCUGCAUGCAGGAUCGCCCUUGCGGGAGGAAAUUGCUGCCGAGGUGUACGAGGACGAGCUGGACCUGAGGCGAUCGGGCUCCUACCUGAACAGCAGCAUCACGUCGGCCUGGAGCGAGCACAGCCUCGACCCCGAUGACAUUCGGGUGGGUGGAACACUCAGGACCUUCUUUUGACGCUAGCUAUGCCAGAAACUGUGCAGAGUAAGAGUUGCCUUUUGCAGUCUUUCUCCUGAAGCAAACCAAAUCCAUACCACACAACCCGAAAGUCAAGGAAAGUUGGGGUGGAGGUCAAUAUUUCCAUGCGAUCUAGCUGCCUUUCUUCUCAACCUAGGGUUUUGGUUGUGGGGAACAAAUUGGGAGCGGUGGGGGCGGUGAUAAAGCACGGACCCGGUGCACGUGUACUGCAGCCAGACCUUUUUUGUGCAUGUGCACAUUUCCGAGCACAAUACAAAGUGUUGGUGCUGACCUUUAAAGUCCUAAACGGCCUCUGCCCAGUAUACCUGAAGGAGCGUCUGCACCCCCAUCGUUCAGCCUGGACACUGAGGUCUGGGGUCAAGGGCCUUUUGGCAGUUCAUUCUCUGCAAGAAGUGAAGUUACAGGGAACCAGGCAGAGGGCCUUCUUGGUAGUGGCGCCCGCCCUGUGGAAUGCCCUCCCAUCAGAUGUCAAGGAAAUAAUCAACUCUCUGACUUUUAGAAGAUAUCUGAAGGCAGCCCUGUUUAGGGAAGUUUUUAAUGACUGAUGUCUUAAUGUGUUUUUAAUAUUUUGUUGGAAGCCGCCCAGAGUGGCUGGGGAAACCCAGCCAGAUGGGAGGGGUAUAAAUAAAUAAAUAAAUAAAUAAUUUGCACACCAAUAACAUCCCAUCCGUGCCAUCCAUCCCUUACCACUCCAUUCAUGUUCAUGUAUGAAUGGAUGUGCAUUCAUACAAACAUUCAGUGCCUGGGAAUGGGGCAGGCAAGCCUGAGAUGCUUACCUUCCAUUCCUUGCUAUGGGUCAACCAUACGUGUUGAGGCCACAUGGGAGAACUGAAAACCUCACUGUGGUCUGCCCCACCCAGCUAAAGGCUUCUGCCAACAGUCCUUCCUUGCCUCUUUUCCCAUGCCACAACUGGCCCCCGGAAACGCCAGCAUGGAAUGGGGGGACCCAUGACCCUUAAUACUAGCUACUUCCGGUCAGUGCUUUUGGUUUCAAGGGGGUACUCAAGAGUACGCAGUACUGGGACCUCUUUUUUUGUUGUCAAAAAGUGUGGCACUUACUGUAGUGACUUCAUGGUGAGUCCCGGCACCUAUUUUUCUAUAAAAAAGCACUGCUUCCGGUGAUCCUAAGGAUAGGGGGCCUGGGACCCUCCAGAUGCCACUGGACUCCCAAUGCCCAUCAGCCACAGCCAGGGAUCCACAGUCGUGAUGCAGCAAAACCCGGAGGGCUCGCAGGUUCUGCUCAAGGAACAGAAGGCCUUGCAUUUAUAAAACCCCAUGGUGUUGUCGUUGAGCCCCUACGAUGACACGACUGUUGCCAUUAGGCUUUUGACUGAAUAAGGGUUUUCUUUUUGUCUUCCCUCUUCCCCCCCUUUUGUGUCUGUGUCCCCCCGCUUCACCGCAACCGCCUCCCCCCUCCCCGCUACACAUAACAUGUAGGAUGAACUGAAAAAGCUUUACACGCAACUUGAGGUUCACAAGACCAAGAAGAUGACGGCCAACAACCCUCAUCUUCAGAAGAAGAGAAGUUCCAAGCGGGGCCUGGGCCGCUCCCUCAUGAGGCGCAUCACCGAGAUCCCCGAGUCGAUGUCCCGGCAGCACAGCAAAGAGGAGAAAGAUGGGUCUGUGGGGGGAGGGAGCCGCUCCGGGUCCUACAAGCGCAGGCCCUUGGAUUCCGGCAGCUCGAGCAUGAAACUGAAAGAGGACUCCUCUUCCAGACACAAGGCGGCCUCCUCGCUGAAGAAGUCCCACAGCACUUAUGAGCAUGUGAGGGAUGCCAAGGAGAACAGCUUACCAGCCAGGCACGACAGCUGCAAAGAAGCUCCUUUGCUAGACUCGCUGAUGAGGAAAAAGCUAGCCAAGAAAGCCUCAGAGAGGUCCAACAGCGACUCUCUCAAUGACUCGGCCCCUCUGGUCUACAAGUCGGCCAGCGCUCACAACCUGACAGCGGAUAAGAAGCCUCUGCAUCCCAGGCCUUCCCCUCUGCAGAAAUCCCUCAGCGUUGUCACCAGCGCCAAAGAGAAAGCCUUGCUCCUCACCAGCAGGGCCUACUUGGAAGACGGCAGUAAGCUAGCCCAAGACAAAGGGAGCAGAGCAGCUGUGGAAAGUGACUCUGCAAUGGAAAGUGACAUCUCCGGGCACACAGAGGUUACUGACGUGGCCUCGGAGGUGGCAGCGAAACAGCUCCAGAGGGACGAUACCUCAGAGGGAACUGUGAGCUCCCUCCUGGAAGAUGGCAGCUCCAGCAGAGAAGCUGCGACGGCCCCCUCGACGCCCUCGGAAAGCAGAUCCCAGAAGCAUGUCACAUACGCGUCCAUCAGGAGCAUCAGCGUCAACACCUCCGAUUUGCUUGGGAAGAGGCACCCGAUCAGCAAGAAGAUACCCCCUGAACCACCUGUCAGGCAGCAAAGUUUGGCUCACAGCCUCAAAAGAAAAGACUCUGCUCCUCAGGAUGGCCUGGACCAAAUGAAACCUUCCUCUGAGCCCUGCCCAGGUGAUCUCAAAGACAGACCCGUGCUGGCAAACAUAUGUCCAUGGGAAACGGUGGAGCCUCUGUCAAAGGCUGAGACAGAAAGGACCAGGCAGGCCGAAGGCGCUGUGCCACUUUCUUCCCCGGUGGCGCUAAACAGGCUGGCCUCCAUGGCUGCAGAAGUUUGCCCUUGGGAAGUCAUGGAAGUGCCCGUCCCGAGCAAAAAGGACUCUGAGACAAGCGAGUCAGACAGCCAGAAGAGUUCUCCUGAGAAACAGCCCCAAACAUCCAUUUCCAAAAGCUCCAUGAAAGGCUUAGGCAUGGCCAUCAAAGCGUUCAACCGGUCGAGGAUAAAGACAAGCAUAAGGGCAAGGAAGGAUGCUGAAGAAAGCCAGAAGAAAAAUGAGAAGGAUGCCAACGGAAAGAGCGAGAAGCCCAAGUUGGCAAGGACAGCCUCAGUGUCUGCCGGAGGAGGGUCACCAAGGAAACAGGUGAUUGCAGAGACCAGGGCAAAGGUAGUCAGCAAGCAAGCAACCAUCUGUCCUUGGGACGAGAAAGAGGAGGAGGAAGAGGCCCUUCCGAGCACCAAGAAUAGUCCAAGCAAAGCGCUGGAGGUCUGUCCUUGGGAGGUCAGCACAGAAGCAAUAGAUUCCCAAGGUGCUGGAGAGAUGCACCCUAGCAGGCUGGAAAGAAGCAAGAGCCAACGGGAAUCUGUGUGCCCCUGGGAGAGUCUGGAGGAGGAUCAAAAGCGAGAGGGCAAAACUGCUACCACUCCCUCUCUAGUGGUUUCCAAGGCAGACAGCAAAAAGGCAGAGGCGUGUCCUUGGGAAGUGGCUGAGAUCCCAGCCAGCACGAAAACUGACCAACCGUCCUGGGGAACCAGCAGUGCCUUGACAGAGGACAAGGCAGUAACAGAGGGCAGAAGGAAGCCUUCUGAUGGGCCCAAGAAAGGAACAUCUUUGAGAGAGGCUCUUCCAAGUGAACCCCAAGAGAAGGCGAGUGGCCAGGCUGAUUCCAGAGAUAUCAAGGAGCCCUCUCUGGAAACAGAGAUUGAGAAGAGCCCGGACCUGUCCAAGGGAGACCGAAAGAAACCUGGGAGUGUUGACAGCAGGAGGGCACAGGUUAGUCCUUGGGAAUCCGAGGAGGUCGACAUGAGUGUUAAAACACAGAUCUGCCCUUGGGAAAUGGAAGAACUUCCAUCAAAGAUAAAGACAUCUCGGGAGGACAACGAAGGAUCCUCCAAAGAGACAAAGAGCACCACCCUGCUAAGACCAGCAGGAGGGAAAGAAGCCAGCCGCCAAGAAGACUCUGUUUGCCCCUGGGAGUCCAUGGAAUUGCCAGGGGGGAAAGAUGCUCAACAUGGAGCAACUCUGAGGAAAUCUGACAGCGGAGCAGACGUCAAAGCGGCAAUAUGCCCUUGGGAGAUAAGUGAUGCAGCAUCAGAGAAAGUGUGUGGAGUUUCAGGGGAAGGCUCCAAAGGGACUGAAGGCAAAAAGAUCAAAAGUCCGUUGUCCAAAAACAGGAAACUGGAGAGAGACAGCAGCCAUCAAGGCGCUGUUUGCCCUUGGGAGGAUGCAGGUGCUGAAGGCUCUUCUACAAAACCUGCCACCCAAACACAAGAACCACCCAAAGCAGCUUUGAAGGCAUCAAGCAGUGGGGAAGGUAAAAAACUGGAGGUCUGCCCUUGGGAAACUGAUGCCGCUGCAGUGUGUCCCUGGGAAGCAGCUGCACCUUCGUUAGAAAAAGGACCAAACUGGCCUGAAGGAGAACCUUCCAGGGGCAUUAUAUUGCAAGCACCACAUCCCCUUAAAACAUCAGAGGACAACAUACAGCGUGGCUCUGUCUGUCCCUGGGAGGACGUGGAAUUGGAGGGUACUUUGCUAAAGCCCUGUGCAAAAGCUUUAGACCCAAGUAACGUCAGCUCAAAGAAGCCCGACAGCUUCCAGAGCAAAAAGGCAGAGAUUGCUCCCUGGGAAGUACAAGAGGCAGAAGCAGGUAUUAGAAGAGCAAGCACAGUCUCCAAAGAGGAGAAAACAGGACCUAGAGAUGCAGCACCAGAGAAGGGAAGCAGCGGGACUAGAGAGCCAGUCUGCCCAUGGGAGAGCACAGGGAGGGAAGAUUCACUUACCCAACCUAAGCUCAAGAGCCCGGAUCUGUCCAAAGGCUGCUUGAAAUUGGACCGUGUGGAAAGCCAAAAGGCAGAAAUUUGUCCGUGGGAAACUGCAAGCGCCGACGUUGGUGCUAAAGCAGAAAUCUGCCCCUGGGAAGUGCCUCCAGCUCAGUCAGAAAGAAGGUCCUCAAAGCAAGAUGCCAAUGGGGCAGCAAAGAAGGUUGGAGAUGCCACGUCUAAACCUCUAGAGAAGGCAAGCAGCCCACGAGAAUCUAUCUGUCCUUGGGAGACCGUGGACACCGAUGACCAGUCAACCAGGCCCAGUGCUAAGAGUCCGGGCCCAUCUAAAGCCGGCUCUAAAAAAUCUAUUAGCGUUGAAAGCCUUAAGGUGGAGGUGUGUCCCUGGGAAAGUCAGGAAGCAGAACCCAGUCCUAAGGCAGAUGUGUGCCCAUGGGAGAUGCCUUCAAGUCCGGUAAGCAAGAGGCCAUCGCCAGAGGGUGCUGGAGCUCAUGAGAGCCAGAGGGCUGCCCCACUGAACCAAGUAGGUGCUUCUAAAACAACAGAGAAGGUGAGAAGCGCUCGAGAGUCCACCUGCCCCUGGGACAGCGCAGAAGCACCCGGUAAACUCUCUGCUCAACCUGAAGGGUCCAAAAUCCCUUCCAAGAAAUCAGACAGCGUUGAGAGUUUAAAGGCAGAGGUCUGUCCUUGGGAAGUAGCUGAAGGAAGUGCGGUGAGGAAGGAGGAGGAGGGUGGGGUCGCCAAAGGGAAAGACGGCAGCAGGAGCCCCUCCCCACGGGUUUUAUGGAAGCCAAUGGAGGAGCUAAGUAGCUCGCGAGAGGACAUCUGUCCAUGGGAGAGCAUGGAGCUUGAUGAACCUUCAGGAAGGUCUGGAGGCCAAAGCCCAGCCCUAUCCAAAGCUGGAUCAAGGAAAUCAGACAGCGCUGAAAGUCUACGGGCCGAGGUUUGUCCAUGGGAGAUGGAGGAAGAGGAAGCAAGUAGUACGGUGGACAUCUGCCCAUGGUCUGUAGCCACAGCUCCAUUUGAAAAAGGGAAGGGAAGGGGGAGCCCACUUGAAGCUUCCCAGGGGAAGAAAGGCAAGGCACAAAGAAGUCCAGACUCAAAGAAAGCUGGAGGAGAAACAUUUAAGAAGAUAGAGAAGUCAAAAAGCCACCAGGAGUAUGGUGCCACCCGGGAGACUAUGGACUUUGAGAAACCACCUGCCAAAAGCACCCGAAGUCUAGAUCUGUUGCAGGUCAGGACAGAAGUAACCAGCCCUCAAGAAUCCAUCUGCCCUUGGGAGAGCGUGGAACUGUCCAGCAGCAGAGGUCCAGACCUGUCCCGAGCUAGCUCAAAGAAAUCAAGCAGCGCUGAAAGCUUGAGGGCAGAGGUGUGUCCUUGGGAAGUCGAGGACGAGGAGUCUAGUGGCAAGACUGAGAUGUUCCCCGUGAAAACGCCGCCAGUGCCAGUCGCCAGAGGGGCAUCAAUGCAAGAUGCAAAGGGAGCAUCAAUGGCGAAAGCGCUGACCGCUCCAGGUUUGAAGACAGCCGGGGGAGAAAUUGCCUCCAAGAAGAUAGAGAAGACUCAAAGCCAUCAAGGGUUUUCUUACCCCCAGAAAACUGGCGACGAAUUCUCAGUAAAAGGGAGUAAAAGCCUAGAUCUGUCCAAGGUUGGCUCCAUGAAAUCAGAGAGUGUUGAAAGUCUAAAAGCUGAGGUUUGCCCAUGGGAGACCCAGGAAUUCGGAUCUCCUGCCCAGGUUGAAGUGUGCCCAUGGGACCUGGCUGGGGCGCUGUUCGAGAAAGGGACAUUGAGUAAGGAUGUGGGUGCCGUUUCAAAGGAGGGUAUAACAGCAGGUUCAAAAGGCCCCGAAAAACCACCUCUGCAGAAAGGGACAAGCGUUCGAGAAAACAUCUGUCCAUGGGAGAGCACGGAUGCUGCAGAAGUCUCGAUCGCAAGUGUUCCUGCCACCGCCGCCUCCAAGAAGCCCGGCAGCACCGAAAGCAGGAAGACAGAGGUCUGCCCUUGGGAAACAGACCAGCCGGAAGCAUCCACUAAAGAGGACGUUUGCCCAUGGGAAACAGGAACGCUGUUGCCUGCUAAAAAUGGAAGACACACAACACACACCGGUGGGACGGAGAAGGCCAGCGUGAAGGGCUCCCAGAGCAAAGAGGCUGGCGUGGCUGGACACAAACCUCUGUGUCGCAGUCUUCCACCCCAAGGUCUAAGCAAAGGCAGCAGCCCACUUGUGGAUACACCAGCGAGAUGCCAAGGUGACCGCCCUGCAGCUGACGUCUGCCCUUGGGAAGCAGAGGGGGACUCUGUAUUGACUGGGGGAGAGACUGCUGAAAUCAGCAAAAGCUUAUCUGAGGUGUGUCCCUGGGAUGAGCCCAGCCCUGCUGCUGCCACCGCCACUUCAAUGAAAAGCAAAGAAGGGAAGGAGCCUGGGGCGGGCGAGGCGGAGGGUCCCCCCAGCAAAGCCAAAUCAGACAUCUGUCCCUGGGACUGUGACUGA